UACAAGGACGAGCGCAACCAAGAUGAACGCUACAGAGACGAACGCAAUCGAGAUGAACGCUACAAAGAUGAUCCAUGCAAUCAAGGCCCAUCACGAACGAACGAUCCCAAAGUGUGGCCGGUGUUUUCCAGUCAGCAAGAUGAAAGUAACCUCGAGAGAAGGAUCGCCUCCGACCGGGACCGCAUGCCACCAAAGUGCAACGAAAAAUGGCUAAAACAAGGAGACCAACCAGUUAGGCCGCUCUCUGCAGAAGAGGAAGCAAGGUUUGAUCUUGCCCAAAUAGGUCAUUUAGCGAUGACUACAACUCGCCUAACCAGAGAGUUGAUCAAGGCAGUCAAUCUUUUGAACGUGAACGAGAUGGACGGGACUUGUACGACAACAGACGUCUAUAUGAGAGAGAGAUCUCCGGGAUGUAUGACAACAAGACAUACUCUAAUGAUGAAUAUAGCAAAGAUGGUGGAAUGCAAGGGAAAUACAACCCAAGUGACGGCCUACAACGUAGCCUUGAAAAGGAUUUCAAUGAUUUCUUCCCGCGCCUCGACUGUGUUGACACAAAUAAAGAUUAUUCUAUCAAGAGGCCAACGUUCAGUUUAUCCAUUGGAAGAAUGUAAACCAAAACAUUCGAAAUGAAGCACUUCACUGACUAUAAUUUUGAU